AUGUCGUUAUUAGCUCUGUCAACCGAGCUUCUCCUUCUCAUUUCCUCACACCUCGAUCUCACAGAUAUUAAGCAUAUGCGCUUGUCAUCGAGAAAGCUGUCUGCCUCGAUAGAACUACGAAUAGACCGCGUCUUCCUCUCGGCCAAUCCGCGCAAUGUCGAGGUCUUUCUGGCCAUUGCAGCUCACGAGACAUUGCGCCGCUUCGUCACCGAAAUUGUCUGGGAUGACGCAGUUUUUACUCCCCUUCCACCAGCAAGGCCCAGUCACGAUGGCCACUCGGAGGAUGAUCCCUCAACUACAUGGUUCGUGCAGCAUUCUGAGAGCCGGAGACUAGAGAUCGAGCAAACGUGGUCAAGGAGUAAAGAGGACGACAUGGGCCCUCGCGGGAAUGGGCGACCCCAAGAUUCGUAUGAAUACUAUAAAGAACUCGUCCGGGCGCAAGAUGAAUUACGCCAGUCCGGUGGUCAUGUGAACGCCCUGCAUAUUGGUGUGAGCCGGUUCCCUGCUCUUCAGCGGAUCACCGUCACUCCCGACGCUCAUGGUGGUGUGCACAACCCACGAUACCCAUCCCCCAUGGUCCGCGAGUUCCCACACGGCUUUAUUUAUCCUUUUCCUCACCGUUGGACUCUCGAGGGCCCUUUCGGAAUAGUGAACAAUCUUGAACUCUCUGACCCCUGGCACCGGCUUACAGAAUCAGAGAAAAACAUGUGGGAAGGCGUGCGUACCAUUUUCAAACUGCUUGCCGCACCUUCACACAGCGAGUGCAGAGUCACCGAACUUGUCUUGGAUGCAGGUAUUCUCCCGACCGGGAUCAGCCAUCGCAUAUUCGAAGAGCCGUGUGAUGAGCUCCAUGACUUAACCACAUUGAUCAGCCGCCCAGGCUUCCGUCGCCUAGACCUAGCUAUCGCCAUAGAAGGUCAAACUCACCAGGGCUCUCUAUUUAGAAGUGGGCAUUUUCAGCAGGCGCUGAGCGGCGCAAAACACUUGGAACACUUCAGGCUACGGACGAGUUCAGUAUGGCUACAAACAAUCGAUGUGCGGGCGAGUAUAAUCCCCAACAAUCAUAUCCCUCCCCUGAUUCAUGUCUUUCCGGUUGAAUGCUGGCCGCGGCUCCGCCAUUUUGGUCUUUCGGGUAUGUGCGUUCGGUCACAGGAUCUAAUUGCUCUUCUCGGGGCCAUGCCUCGCACCCUGCGCUCCGUCGAGCUGGACAGACUCUAUGUCCGAUCUGGAAGGGGGAGCUAUGGGCAUAUUCUUGCCCAGGUCAAGUACAAGCUGCGUUGGCGUCGCCGGGAAAAGCAGGAUCGGAUCAAAUUGACCAUCUGCACAUGUCAGAAACUGCUUAUGAGCGGACCGUUUGUUCGCGUAUCUGAUGAAAUCCAGGAUUAUAUUUAUGCGGAUGGACCUUACCCCUUCCAAGGGAACGAGUAUGUCGGAUACGAGCCGGCAUCAAUGGUGAAGUUUGAGUUGGGAUUCCCAUAG